AAACGAGCGGCUGUCUUUGUACUCUUUCCAUCUCGCUCGACGUUGACCGACUGUAUUUGUCUUUCUUCUCACCGCCUCGACCCCCGAAAUGGUCUCUGCGAGUUUCGCUGAUCGUCCGCUGAAGACGCUGGUUCUGUUCGACAUGGAUAACACGCUGACUCCAGCUCGCCAAAAGGCUUCCCUGGAGACGAUGCAAUUGCUUCGCUUGCUGCGCAAGAAAGCUGUUAUUGGCGUUGUUGGAGGCUCUGACUUUGUCAAGGUCUCCGAGCAGCUGUCUGUGGCGGGAUCCACAGUGCUAGAGGAGUUCGACUACACCUUCGCUGAGAAUGGCUUGACGGCGUAUAAAAUGGGGCAGAGCUUGCCGUCGCAGUCGUUCAUCAACUUCCUUGGUGAAGAGCGGUACAAGAAGCUGGUGAACUUCAUAUUGCACUACAUUGCGGAUCUUGACAUCCCGAUCAAGAGGGGGACAUUCGUUGAAUUCCGCAGGGGCAUGAUCAACGUCACUCCACUUGGACGCAAUGCAACGACCGCCGAGCGACACGAGUUUGAAGCGUAUGACAAGCAAUAUGGAAUCCGGACAGCUUUCGUAAAGGUCCUCGAGGAGAAGUUCCCCGAUUACGGCCUCACCUUCUCCAUCGGCGGCCAAAUAUCAUUUGACGUCUUUCCUACUGGAUGGGACAAGACCUACUGUUUGCGUCAUGUCGAGGACGAACAAUUUGACGAAAUUCAUUUCUUCGGAGACAAGACCCACAAGGGUGGGAAUGAUCACGAGAUAUAUUCCGACUCACGGACUAUCGGACACUCAGUUACGAGCCCUGCAGACACCAUCCGUGUCGUAAAGGAACUCUUCUUCCUGGACUGAUUAAUGCAACAGACUCGCGAACGGAGUAUGGACGGACCGUAGCCCGACGUGAUGGGUGUCACAGUCUGGCCUAGUUCCGGUAAACAGCUGUGAUCAAGGCCUAGGGUAAAUUAAAUGUGCUCGUAGUUUAUGUGACUGUGACUGUGAUCAUGGAGUCAACCUUGACUUCUUGGACAAUGAAAUUUAUGGCCAACAUAUGGGAUUGAUAGAAAUCUUGCUGUAGCAAGCU